AUGUUUAAUUUGGGUAAUUGCCUUAGGUCCAUUAAAACACGGAGCAGGUUGCUCUUCCACACUAGAGCUCGACGUCUUGCUCUUGCACACAUCCUCAUUGAGGUCAAAACAGUUUGGAUACAACCAUGCAGACAGUUUAUGUUAUGUUUUGGCUGUUUGUUCUUUCUGCUGUACAGUGCCUGGAUUCCAACAUUAUCCGCUCCUCCAGAGAAAUGACAAGCUCUCAAGAGUCAGUUUUGCAUCCACAGAGUGACACAGUUGCAAAUGUCCAUAAUUCUGUUAGAAGAAGCUCUGUUGAGCAGGGAGUCAGAGAAGCUUCAACUCCUGCGCAAGACUGCACAGCAACUGAAUGCAAAGGCUCAAAGAAGAAACAGCGUAAUGCCACCAAGACAAAGAUUCAGUUGGAUGUACAAGGAGGUCAGAAAGUGCCCGAGAUGUCCCCGUGCGUGCGCUCGCGCGACUGUGAGGAAGGUCUGUGCUGCGCGCUCUACCUGACUGGAAGGAGAUGUCAGCGCGUGCCCGCGCUGGGCGAGGUUUGCCUAUUGCGGGGACGCGCCAAAUUCCGCCGAAGACUGGACCGCUGCGACUGCGAGAAGAACCUGUACUGUCGGGCGCAACCCGAUAGCCCUCGUGGACAGGGAGUGUGUCACCCUGAUCCGAGGAACUAAAGGACUGGUUAACCACAGAGAAACAUGAACGGAGCGUGUUCUGGAUCAAAAAAACAGCGAGAAACAUGACAUGACAAGACACGUCAUGGCAUAUGUUCAAAGUGUUUUGAAGUAACGAUAACGAGGUUGUUCGAAAUACAGUCGUUUUUAUCAUUCUUUUGCUUCUAAAGUGUGUAGAAGUCGGAAAAUAUAUAUUUAACGCUGAUGACUGUGAGCAUGGCUUUGGUUUUCUUUUCCUGCACCUUUUUAAACCUGUAAAAGUUUGAGUCGAGCGCCCUCUGUCGGGUAUUUCAACGAAUAAGUUUGCUGAGCCUUGUCUUCGUUUGGUGUUUCCGGUAUUUGACGCCAAAUUUGACGCUGAAGCGCAUCUGAACUGGCAUUUAGGCGACUUCACACACUAUUUAAUGCUGCUUGUAAACGCAUUUAUACAUUAAAGAAACAGUUCACUCCCAAAAAAUGAAAAAUUCUGUCAUUAAUUACCCACCCUCAUUUUCAGAACACAAAUUAAGAUAUUUAUGAUGAAAUCCUAGAGUUUUCUGACCCUGCAUAGGCAGCAAUGCAACUAAAAUUUUCAAGACCCAGAAAGGUAGUAUGUUACUAAAAUAGUCCAUGUGACAUCAGUGGUUCAAACGUAAUUUUAAAAAUCUACGAGGAUGUGCACAAGAAAAGUAAACAAUCAUUUUAUUCAACAAUUUCUUCUCUUCUGUAUCAGUCUCCACUGUACCUUUACGUAUACGUUGUGGUGCUUUUGUGAAUGUGUGUCGAAGACUGACACGGAAGAGAAGAAAUUGUUGAAUUAAGUUUGUAUUUUUGCUUUAUUUGCACACAAAAAUUAUUCUCAUAGCUUUAUUACAUUACAGUUGAACCACUGAUGUCACACGGACGUUUCAGUGACGUCCUUACUACCUUUCUGGACCUUGAACUGAAUUUUGAGCUGGCACAGAGCAGCGUUAACUUCGCUGUGAAAGACACCUUGUUUAGGUCAUGGCGCACUCAUCUAUCGAGCUGAUGAACUGAAUUAAGCAUAACGUGCAGUGCUGAAUGGCCUCUUUGAGCAGGUUUAGUGUGUUCUUGUAAAUGUACACAUCUAGUGGGU